AUGCAGCUCACCGAGACGGUCACAAUCAUCAACAAGUCGGGCAAGAUCAUUGGCAAUGGAAAGCACAUUGUCAACAUCUUCAAGGAGGCAAAGGCAGCCUAUCAGGACAAGAAAGCCUCCAUCAAGGCCGAACGCGCCGCUGCCGCCGAGCUGCGGCCCGGAGUCAAGAAGGCCCAGACCUAUGCAGGCCCUGCCCCGUCCCAGUACACCUACGGCCAGGACCAGGUCUACGAUGUGCCGGACCGCAGGCACUUCCUCGCCUACGAGGAGGGUAGCUACUACACCCACGAGCCUCAAGCCAUAGACGACGGCGACCGCAGGCGGUCCAUCGACGAUGCGAGGGCCGAGGCGAGGUCUAUUGCCAGCUCCAGGAGGAGCCACGGCACCAGCCACAGGUCGCACAGGUCGCACAGGUCGCAUAGGACCAGGAGGACCACGCGUGACGACGACGAGACCAGGAGCACGCGCCCGCCGCUGACCGCGACCAACCUGCGCACCCACAGCGAGGCGUCGUCUACCGCGCCCAGCCAGAUCACAGCCGUCUACCGCUCGCCCUAUGCCGAGACGGCCCCGCGCGACAGUAUGAUGAUGAGCAGGCCGAACCUGGCCCGCGCCCCAACCGCCCCGCCGUCCACCAUGGUCACCAUGGAGCCGGCCCUCGUGCCGCGCCAGAGCUCCGGCGUCAUGCACCACGCCGUGUCCGAGUCGGACCUGUCCACCAUCAGGCCGACCCCGCCUCCAAAGGACAAGAGGAAGAAGAAGGAGAUCGACAUGAACCUGGCCUACGGAAACAUCCCGCCCGACCUGGCCUCCCGCACCGACCUGGGCCCCGUCACCAAGGCCGAGGAGGAGCGCGCCCAAGCCGACGCAGAGCUCAAGAAGCAGCAGGAGGCUCGCACCCUGAUGGCCCGCAUCGACACCAUCCUCGACGAGGCAGAGGCCGUCCAGCACUCGGCCACCAGCAUCAUCGACCACUUGCAGCGCAAGCCCGAGGCCGCUGCCGCCGUCGCCCUGAUGCUCGCCGAGCUGAGCACCCUGCUCAAGACCCUCGGCCCCGGCUUCCUGAGCGUCGUCAAGGGCGGUUCGCCCGCCAUCUUUGCCCUGCUGGCGAGCCCCCAGUUCUUGGUCGGUGUUGGUGUCGCGGUUGGUGUCACCGUGGUCUGCUUCGGCGGAUGGAAGAUUGUGAAGCGCAUCAAGGAGGCCAAGGCCGUCGCCGCCGAGAAGGAGGCUAGCGCUCAGGCAUUCGAGAUGCAGGACCAGCCGCAAUACGCUCCCCGGAGCGGGCAGUCCGGCUUCGAGGCGGGCAGCAGGUACGGCGGCAGCGUGGACGACGCGCUGGUACUGGAGGAGGAGCUGAGCACUAUCGAGACGUGGCGGCGGGGCAUCGUGCCGUCCGAGGCCGACGACGAGGAGCUGGCCCGGAGCAUCGCCGAGAGCGCCGACCUGGAGCUCAUCACCCCCGAUGCCGCCCGCUCCGUUCGCGACGACGGCCGGUCCAUCCGCACCGUGCGCACGCACCGCUCGUCCAAGUCGCACCGCAGCCACCGGAGUCACCGGAGGUCCGAGGACGGCGGCGACGACAUCGACGUACCGGAGCGCAAGAGCAGUCGGGCGGCCAGCAAGGUCGCGACGGAUGUCGCCAGCGAGGCGGGCAGCGAGCGCAGCCGGAAGACGUCCCGGUCCAAGGCCACCACCGUGCGGACCACCACGACCAAGGCCAUCGAGGACGGCAGCCGGCAGCGGGAGGAAGACUCGCUCGAGUCGGUGCUGUCGCAGCAGCCCUCGCUGGGGAGCAGGAAGCCCAGCAUGCUCAAGACGCUGUUCCGCAAGAAGAAGGACCGCGAGGAGGGCAGGGAGAGCGCGCCCGUCUCUGUUAUGGCUUGA